UUCAUCUCUUUUGUUCUCAUCCGUUUUACUUGCAGAUUUUCUCUCUAAGACCUCCUCCUCCUCCUUUCCAAUUGUCACCAUCAUUCGUAACGAUUACAGAACAUAAACCAACGCUCCUCUUUUUCCCGAUAUUGUUGCUAGAUUCGUUUUCCGGUCAGGGUUUUCCGCAUGGAUCUAUGGUCUAUUUACCUUAACAAUGCCAACCCAACUCCACUUCUGCUGAGAAACACGGCUCCUGAGAUACCCAUCACCUACAAUUUCCGAAAGACGCUAUCUUAUCGACUCGACACUGCCCGCAUCUUCGGGAUCAGAGAUUCCAAACGAAACAAUGUUUGUAAGCAUCGGUCAAUUGCUCUCAGAGCUAUUGGAAAGAAGAAUCAUGAUGACUCCAGUUCAUCCUCAUCAGGGAACAAUGAUAAUUCAAAUGCAGAAGAUGACAUGAAACAGGAAGAUGCUUCUGUAGAAGACAAGAAAUCUAAAGAGGAAACGCCAAACAGUAAAACAUUAGACUGGAGAGAAUUCAGGGCUUCUCUUUUUUCUCGAGAGCAGGUAGAAGCAAUAAGGUUAGGGUCCCCUGAGCAAGAUGGGAACCAUCAGCAGUCAAAACCUCUAGGCCUCAAAUGGGCUCAUCCAAUUUCAUCUCCUGAAAGUGGGUGCGUUCUUGUAGCCACUGAAAAGCUCGAUGGGGUUCGCACGUUCGAAAGAACUGUGGUUCUCCUACUGAGGUCGGGGACGAGACAUGCCCAAGAGGGACCAUUCGGAGUGAUCAUAAACCGGCCUCUACACAAAAAGAUUAGACACAUGAAACCAAGUAACCUUGAUCUCGCCACAACCUUUGCUGAUUGCUGCUUGAAUUUUGGUGGGCCGUUGGAAGCGAGCAUGUUCCUAUCAAAAACUGGGGAGAAAACAAAACUUGCUGGGUUUGAAGAGGUGAUUCCAGGUCUGUGUUUUGGAGCUAGAAAUAGCUUGGAUGAAGCUGCUGGAUUAGUGAAGAAAGGGGUGCUUAAGCCUCAAGACUUCAAAUUCUUUGUUGGUUACGCAGGAUGGCAGUUAGAUCAGUUAAGGGAGGAGAUUGAAUCAGAUUAUUGGUACGUAGCCGCUUGCAGUGCGGAUAUGAUAUUUGGAGCAGUGCAGAAUUCGUCCCAGGAGACUUUGUGGGAAGAAAUCUUGCAGCUAAUGGGUGGUCAUUAUUCGGAACUGAGCAGGAAACCUAAGCAGGAUAUGUAACAAGUCACUUUUGUGUUGAUAAAACUAGAGGAGCUUCUCUACAAAGAAGAAGAACCAAAAAGUAUUUGUUGCUCUCUAACUGUAUAGAAAAUUGAUGGUGGGGAUCCUUUUCUUGAUCAGUUAGUCUUUCAUCCUCCUCUUCUUCUUCUUCUUCUUCUUUCUUUUCCUUUUUCAGAUAUAGGUCAAUAGCUAAGCCUCUUUUGUAAUUAUAUCCCAAGUAAGCACAGAUCAGAUCCAAAUAAGGAGAUCUUGGGAGCUGGUUUGAUCACAUUGCAAGUUACAACUUAUUAUGCUCAUGUUUUAGUUUGAUUUGUUCUUUUAUGUAAAAUAUAUUCUAGUCAUAUUUUUAAGCCA